UGUGAGGCAACAGUGUGUGAGCCCACAGAGGACAGAAUAAGGACAAACAGGACAAACUUAAAAUGGAGCCACAAGCCAGACUGCGUUCCAGCAGAAAAGACAGACAGUGCUGGACUGGAGAAACUAGACUGUCAUCAGAGACAGUCCAUCCAGAGGACACUGAACAGGAGCAUGCAGUUAGCAUAACAACGUCCAUACGGACAUACAGAGGAAAUUCCAUCCCAGUGACUCAUACACAGACUCACCCUUUGCAUCCUGGGACUUGUGCUCCCCUCAGUCCGAGCAGCCCAGCAGCGACACUGAGCACACAAAGGAUAUCACAUCGCUUACAAACCGAACAACUUCACCAGAGUGAACAGCCGGUCCUGAGGAUGCCAGACACCGUUGCUGAGGCCCAUGCAGUUUUGAGAGGAGGCUGCGAUGUUUCCGUCGGCGUAUCUGGCGCACUGGAGAUGAUCGACACCUUUGACCGGCCCGGAAAUGCUUUUGCUGUUGGUGCAUAUGCAGGUGCCGACUCAUUUGCAAAUGGAUUUGAGGACAAACCUGGGAAACGUAUUCCCAAGGCAGGACUCUACGCUGCAGCAGGAGUGGGCUACGCUCGAGCUGAGUGGAGUGUUUUUGAUGCUGAGGCCAAAGGGCCCAACGCCAGUGCAGGAGUUGGAGUCUCUGCUGCGUCUCUCAGUGCCAGAGCCUUUGCCAGAGCAGAAGUGGCCAGUGCUUCAGCCUCUGCUGGUCCUGUGAAGGCUACAGUCGGUCUAGCAGUAGACACCGGUGUUGGUGUCGGAGCGACAGGUUUAGAGGCUAAGGUGCUGGGAACUGGCUUCACCAUCGGCCCUCGAAUAAGCUUUUCUCUGUUAGGCAAUGGGAUUGAAAUAGAUUUGUUUUAGACUUCGUUUUUCUCUCUCUUGUUUUGUGCCUUUCUCUCCAACAGUCAAACCUCUGUUGCACCCAGUGAUAUGUGCAGCCUUUUUAUAUCAAAGCUGUUGUGACAUUAAAAAAAUGUGCAACUCUGA